AUGCGUCUUUCAGCCGAAGCUACCAGUGUGACGUCCAAUCUAGUUAACCGGACGCUUCUUCAACAACAACAGCUAGUCAGCCACCACGAGGAGAAAGAGAAGGAACAGGAUACCGUUUUUGGAGUGAAGGAGGAGGGGGAGAUAACUGUCACAUUGAAAGAGGAGGAUGAGACUGGAGAUCUGAUUAACACCGAAGAGGGACCAGACUCUCACUCUGACAGCGGGGAGAGUCCUUCAGAGGAACCAGAUGCAGAGACGUCCAAACAAGCGAGACGACACCACUGUUCCCAGUGUGGAAAGAGUUUUACUCAGUUAAGGGGCCUGAAAAUGCAUAGGAGAAUACACACAGGAGAUACACCUUACCACUGUAUCCACUGUGGAAAGAGUUUUAGGUGGUUAGGGAGCCUAAAGGACCAUAAGAGAAUACACACGGGAGAGAAGCCUCACCACUGCUCCGAUUGUGGAAAGCGCUUUACCCGAUUACUACAUCUGACAUCACAUCAAAGGACACACACAGGAGAAAAGCCUUUCCCAUGUUCCCAGUGUGGAAAGGGUUUUACCCAGUUAGGGAGCCUGAAGGAGCAUGAGAGAAUACACACAGGAGAAAGCCCUUUCCCAUGCUCCCAGUGUGGAAAGAGUUUUACCCGUUUAAGAAGCCUGAAGGGGCAUGAGAGGACACACACAGGAGAAAGGCCUUUCCAAUGUUCCCAGUGUGGAAAGGGUUUUAACCGGAUAGGGAGUCUGAAGGAGCAUGAGAGGACACACACGGGAGAAAAGCCUUUCCAAUGUUCUCAGUGUGGAAAUAGAUUUACCCGGUUAGGGAACCUAAAAGGGCAUGAAAGAAUACAUAUAAAACCACAGGAGGAGGAGAAGAAAUACCACUGCUCUCAUUGCGGAAAGACAUUUUUCCGAUCAGAGGACCUGAAAACACAUGAGAGAAUAGAGAGGCUGUGUACUGACUUAAGUUUUUGACUGAGAAUGUGUGUUUUUGUUCAUGCCACAUGAAAUCAAAUUGUAAAUGCAAAAGCUUGCUAAGAAAUAGGCCUACAUUUGUUUUUCAUUUUUAACCUUGAGACAUACAGGGUGUUUCUCAAUAUGCAUACGUUCUCUUGAGUACUUUCUUGUGAGGAUGAAUGUGGAGAAGGCAUAAAACAUUUGAUUUGAGAAGCAAUCGCACUCCCCGUACUGUAUUACCUCACGCUGCAUCUCCCCAUUCACUGAA